AUGAUUUUAUAUCGCGAAAUUAUUACUGCUUACAUCGAAACACAUAAGAAUGAUAACAAACCUGUUUCCUUUGGUGAAUUUGUUAACUCGAACUACGAAACUCUGAAAGUAGAGUGUAUGUCUUCAGAACAACGCAAGGAUUUACGGCGCAAGUUCAAAUCCAUAACAAGAAAAUAUGGUAUAAACUAUGACAUGCAAGGAGUAAUAUGGGACAAGGCUAAGAAAGAAACCAGAGAAGAUGUCGCGGAUAUUAAAGAAGACGAAGGUGCUAAAGCAAGUGUAGAGUAUAAACAAAUUAUGUCCACUAAAAAAGAAAUACUCAAGAGCAAUAAGACACUUAGAAAAAUUGAUUAUCACGUCCAGAAUAAUAACAACAACCAAGAUGAAACUGUGUUCUUAAAGUAUAGAGCCAAGGCUAUUUCUGCUGCUGCUGAAGGGGGGAAAUGA